AUGUUUAAAUCAUCUUUCAAUGCUAGUAGUUUCAUUCCUACAUGGUUCAAGAAACUGUCAACAUCAACACAAUCAAAUGCUGUUGAUCCAAGUACUAUUCCUAGAAACUUUACUAUAUCGAACACUGAUAAUAAAUUGAUCAAUGUGUCGAUGAACAAUGUCCAACACGAUGAUGAUGAAUUCAUUGAUAUUGAAACCAAACCUUUGAGUUACGCUGAAGUUGCCUCAUUGGGUAAAAACAAAAAGCAAACCAAUAUGGCCAAACCUAGUAAAGGCGUGAUCAAUAAGAAUCAAUUUAACGUGUUAAAUGAUAAGGAUAUUAACACUAAUGACGAUAGUGACAAAGAUGUUAUUCAUGGCAAAGAUGUUGAUAAUUAUCAAUAUGACCCAAUAAAGUCUGGUGACGAGUAUGAUAAAAGUAAGAGUUAUAAAUUAAAACAACAAAAGUCAGUUCAUAAGAAAAAACAAUUACAUCGUGAGUUUAAAGCUCAAAAAUUAAAAGCAAGCGCUUAA